CAUAAUAAGCGUUUAAAAUACAAUGAGAAAUUUAUUUUAAAAAUUACAAUUUUAUUUUACAAAAAAUUUACAAAAUUAAACUCAUUUAAUAUUCUUCAUUAAAGGCCUGUGUUUUUUUCUGUUUCUUCUGCUCAUUGUUGUUGCAUAAAUUAUGGUGAUUAUUUUAUCAGUGUUUUUGUUGUUGCGUUUUUACAUUAAUAUUCCUUGUUAAAAAAAAGAGUGUAAAAAACACCAAAAAAGCAAAACAAACAAAGUUACACACCCUCACAAGUUUAUUGUUUACUGUGGAAAGAAAAAGAGAAAGAAGAAAUUUUUUGGAAAACAAGAGUUGUUGAAAAUUUAACAUAUUUAAAAAGAAAUAUCAAUAACUAAAUAAAUAAUAGUGUUUAAUUAAAAUAAAAAACAUUAAUAAUACCAGCAACCACUUUUUUUCAUCAUAAAUUUAAUCAUUUCAAAUGAUCCCCUUUUUAAGAGCUCUCUUUUGCACUCUCUGUUGCUCCCCUUUUUGUACUAAGUAGUGUUAAAAUUAGUGAAUUGUUUUCUGAGAAGUGUUGAUAAUAAACCCCCCAUCAUCAUCAUCAUCAUUGUAUUAAAUACAACAACUACAACAAAAAUUGUGGAUUAAUAACAAUUAAAGCAAUCCAUUGAUGAAUGUUUUCAACACCAACAAAAUUUUAGCCGCAGAAGCAGACGAAUAAGAACCACGUGAUAUGAGAUGUUCAAUUGUAUUUUAUUAUGACUGCUCAUAACACUCACUACUCAGUCACAAAACAGCAUUAAUGGGUUUUGAACCGGAUAUUAACGAACUAAUCAAAGCAUACACAAACAUCCUCAUCGUUGUAAUUAAUACAGACAGACAUUUUCACUGUGUCUGCAAAACAUCAUAAAUCGAAUAAACAGUGUACAAAAAUUCCAAAACAAAUAAACAGCAUCACAUUCAAUUUACCAGCAUAAAUCGAAAGCAAAAAAAAACAAAUACCAGCGAAAAAAACAAAAGGAACAACAACUUAAAAUCCCAAAACGAUAGUAAAUAAAAAAAAAUAAAGUAAAACAAACUUAAAAUGUAUUUUACACCCACAAUAUUUAUAGCCCAGCUACUGGCGGCCAUGCAAGUGUUAAUGACACUUGAUAUGCCCUUGAGCACAACAAUGGCAUUGCCGGUUACAUCGAAGCCCAUCGAAAGUACAGUGGAAAAUUUGGCCUGGCAGGCCUGGAUUGAAUUACCACCGGAGCAAAAACAACAAGUGAAAUCACGUAAAGUUACACCAAAAUCAAUAUUUACUUUGCCAUUACGAGUGGAGUGUCCACAGGGCCACAAACAGGUGGACACCAAAUGCAUACCCAUUGUUAUUGGCUCCAAUGAUGUAUUGAUCGAUUUGAAUGCUUUGGGUCUGUUGGUGGGUAACACUCAGAACGAUGAACUGUACGAUUACGAUGAUAUGGGUGAGGAAAUGGGCAAUCCUUUGCCGUAUGGCAGUGAAAUGCCUAUGGGAGAAUCAGAAAAAUCUGUAGAGGGUAUUACAGUGGAAUUUAAGCCACCCUCGAAAGAUGAGCCUUUAAAGUUUAAUAUAUUUCAGAAUAAAUUCAAUAUAUUUCAUGAAGAACCAUUGGAAGACUAUUCAUCGAUAUCGUAUGAGGGCAUGCAAAGUUCGGAGAAGGAGCAAAAUGUUGUAGUGACCACGGCCCAGCCAACGAAUGAAACAUCAAUUACACCAACCAAUAUAACGGCCAUAAAUGAUUUGGUUAGUGAAGCCUCAAAUAUUUCGGAAAAUAAUUUUGAAAUCUACCUGCAGCAUAGAGAGAAAAACUCCUCUGCAAGUGAUAAUGAGGCUGCAGAAAGCAAUACUUUGACUACUUUAGCAGAUGAUGCGGAUUUUAAGAUUGAAGCCAUUUCGGUACCAGCUUCGGGUUUUGAACAACAAAAACCUAACAAAUUGUCCAUAAUACAAAAUGAUAGCUCAAUACAACUGGUUACCACCAUAAUGGAUACAGAGACGACCACCACAACCGAUGAUGACCAUGACAAACCACAAGAAAAUGAUUUACAAACAUUAUUACAAACUGAAUCCUUUUUGCCUAUGCUACAGCAGGCGACAGCCACCACAUUACAAGACUCACUCACAACGGUCUCUCUGCAAGAACCCAAUGAAAGUUCUUCAGAUGCUUUAAGUCUUAAUGUGGAUGAGGAAGAAAUGACCACUUUACCAAAUAUUAUGGAACAAGAAUUGGAAGUGAAGGAUAAACAAGAAUACACAAGAAGUGUUACCCUAAAUCCAUUAAUGAACGAUGCUAGUGACAGUGAUGUUGAUGAUAAUGACGAUAAUGAUCUGGUUAAAGAUACAACCUUGGAAGCCGUAACGAAUGAUGAACCUUUAGAAACCACAACACCAAUACAAUUGGACGAUACGACCAUAAUUGAAACAUCUUCGUCUUUGUCUACGACGCCAUCAACAAAACAACAAGAACUUACAGAAUUGCUGUUGCAACAAGAACAAAUUGAAAAGGAUUUUGAAGAAUUACAGCGCAUGCGUAAAGGCCAAAAAGAUCAUCAGCAACAUGUCGUUUCAAAGAAAUCGAAAGUAGAACCGGUUGAGGUGUUGGCCACAACAACAGCAGCAACCACAACAACAACAACAAUAGAAACAACUACUGCUACCAGCUUGCAAGCAGAAACAAAAACACAAGAUGAAUUAAUAUCAACUACAGCAGAAACAGCAGCAGUGACACCGUUACUUACGGUCCAUAAUGAAAACGACAAUAAUGACCGGUUUUACUAUCAACACUUUGCCAAACCAGACAUCGAAGUAACAGCAGCAACAACAGUAACUGACGCAGCAGCAGCAGCAACUAAGGCAGCAGAUAUGGAAACAAUUCCAUUAACAAGUGAAAUUGAUCUGGCCGAAGAAUUGCGUUUAAUUAACGAGCUCGUGAAGGGCAUACGACCAGCUACCACCUUAACAACAAUCAAAACAAUGCAAGCAUCAACUACAUCUACAACAACAACAACCUCAGAACAGCCCAUGACUUCAUCAAUAACAACCAGCAAAACAACAUUACCCGAUGAAGUUCAGUCAACUACGUCUCCCGCUUCUCUGAGUGAAAGUUCAACGGUGGCCACCAAACCUACUCCAUCAACUUCACAAAUAUGGUCAAAAAUAAUGCCACUAUUAACAACACAGACACCUAAACGUUCUUCACAUGAAAGUUUUAAAAGUUCCACAGAAAGCUCCACCUUAAGUACCCAAGAAGAUUCCAAUGAUGUACAAACAAAAGAAUCAACGUCUUCCUCAUCCACACGCAGUAAUCGUAACAGUAAAAUCAUUAGAAUAAAUGGUUUUAACAGCAUUUCAACUGGAAAACUUUUACAAAGUCUUUCCACAACCACUACAACUUCCACAACAACAGCAGCAACAACAACAAUUAUUGAAGAUUCUACUCCUUCUGAGUCCACCACUAGCAGCAGUAGUAGUAGUACUGCUUCUGUAGAUUCUUCUACAGAAAAUAAUACCUAUGAGCCCUACUGGUGGCUACCGGUAGCCUGGCGUUUAGAUAAACCCACAAACAGUGAUAAACAACCGGAAGCUGAACAGGAGGUAAAGACCGUUGAACAACCUUUAUUACUACGAUUUUGGUCAGCAUAUCAUGCUCCCAAAUCCAGUUAAACUCUAGUUUCAAUUCUGAUUUAGUUUAAAUGUUUGUAGGAAAAACGAAAAAACGCCUCAAAAGUAUUAACUUAAAAAAGAAAACUUUAAAGUUUUUAUUUAGUCAAUGAUGGGAGAUAAAGGUUUAGAAGCUUUUAGUACAGAUUCGAGCAUCUAGGAAACAUUAAAAUCAAAGUAUUAAUGUUUUUAAUAGACAGCAGAGUUGUAGUACAUUGAACUCAGUUGGCUUAGUGUGAUAACAAGCUGGCUUUCCAAAGCUUUAUAUAAUUGGUUUUUAAAAAUUAUUUCAACAAGAACUUCUUUUCAAUAUUUUUGGUGUUUUUUUCAAAAAUUUUGCAAAAGUAAUAUCCGGUUUUUGGUUUUUGUAACUAAAACUUAGGUUUAAGAUAAACUCAAAAAGUUUUAUUUGGCUAUUUAUAGUACUUCUAGGAAAAUUAUUGAAAAUACAAAGAAAAGCUUUAGAAUUAUUAAGACUAAAAGCACAAAAUCAGUAUUAACUUUACGCAUUAAGUAAACAAAUUUGGUUUUAUUUAGUGAUUUUAAUAUUAUUAUCUAAAUCUGUAUUAAUGUUAUAAUUUGGAAUUCAAAAUUUAAUUAUUUGAUUCCAGAAAGCUUUGAACUCUUGAACUUUUAAGCAAUACAAACUUGACAUUUUAGAAAAAUGGUAAAAGCUUUUUAUAUAAAAUUUCACAAUUUCUACAUAAGCUUUAAAGUUUUUACCUGAAUAAUAUUGUCUUUAAUUUUUUCUAAAUAACUUUUUUAAAAAGCCUAAAGAAACUUUUCCUAAAUUAUAUUUUUUUUUCUGUAUUCAAAUUUAUUUUCGCAACAAAUUAUUCAUUCAGAGAACCGUUACAACGUCUCUUUUUUUAUAAGAAUAGAACAAAACCGGAGUAAUUAGACAGGACAAUUAGACAAAGUUUGAAAUAGUAAUACUAAAAACUGAAAGCUUUCUAACCAUUAAUCCCAUCAUCCAACGCCGUCAUAUACAUACAUAAAUAUUUACAUAUAAAUUAUCGCUAUUAUAUUAAAGAUUUUCUAAUGAUGAGAUUUUUUAUAAGAUUUAUUUAUGCAUUUUUUCAAAAACUCAACCCCCAAAAACUACAACAGGAAGAAGUUUAAGCAACUUUUAAACAAUCUAUUUUAUAUUACAUUUGUUAUUAUUUUUUGUUUAUAAUAAUCUUAAGUUGUUGUUGUUUGUAUAUAUAAUUUGUUUGAUAAAGCAUUAGAAGAAGAGUAGAACAGAAAACACGAAAGAAGCGUUACACUGUUUACAUGAGCGUGAAACCAGUAGCAAUAUUUACUUGUGAUUUAAAAAAGAAACCCUUAAAUAAGUAAAAAAAAAAAUAUUUAAAAAUUUUAAUCCCAAAAAUUAUUAAUUAAGUAUUUAUAUGAAAACAAUCAAUAUUAGCUGUAAAAAAAGUAUAAUAUUUCCAUUUAAUUGUCUUUAUUAGUGUAUAGUUAUAAUGUAGUUUAAAUAAACCUCUUUAUUUUGUAAUUUCUAAAAAUAUUUAUCGAAUUAUUUUAUAAUUUUAUUAAGUACCUUUUUAAAAUCAAUGUUUUAUGUACAAAAAUUUAUAGUUUAUUAAUUAAGUCACCACCACAUUUAUUCAUAAAUAAAUAUUUUUGUAAUAUUCAAAUUUCAAUAAUAACAAAAAGAAUCUCUUUAAAAAAUAUUUAAAAAUCUAUAUAAAAAAAAACUUGCCCAACUAUUAAUUUUAUUAAAAAUAAAAGCAAAUAUUAAACUCUAACAUUCUAACAUUCAUACAAAAAUUUAACAAAAUCUUUAUAUAAAUUGAAAUUGUGUUAUUGUAACUACUUAUUAUUAUGCUGUUGUAAUUUCCCCCCUUAAUUAAGUUGUCUUUAAAACUCUACAUUCUUUAUUGUAAUUUGAUUAUCUUUUCUUUUUAAUUUUUAUUUUAAACGUUUUUAUUAAAUUAAUAAAAAUUAUUAAUUAAUCAAUAAUGUGUACAUAAUUUUAUAGUAAAUAAAAAAACUGAGAAUUCUCCUUCUAUUUAUUGUUUAUAUUACGUUUUCUUAAUAUAAAUUAAUAUACUAAAUGUAAAUGUUAAUAAUAUAUAUUUAAACAAAUUACAAAUAUUAUUUUUUUAACAAAACUCGAAGCAAAAAAUAAAUAAAACAAAAACUAUACAGUUUUUAGAAAAAUAUAGGAAAAA